AUGCCAAGAGACAAUGACAACAGCACAGGCUCGAACCCUAGCCCUGCGAGCCGCAACCCCUACGGCCACGGCAAUGGGGUGAGCGAUUUUCUGAGCAAUGUCUCGCGUUUUAAGAUCAUCGAGAGUACCUUGCGCGAGGGCGAGCAGUUUGCCAAUGCUUUCUUCGACACGAAGAAAAAGAUCGAGAUUGCGAAGGCACUCGAUGAGUUUGGGGUUGAUUACAUUGAGCUUACGAACCCCUAUAAUACCUAUAAGAACGUAUUCCAUACUAUUAAGAACCUUAAGAGUAGCGAGGCCAUCUUUAACCAGCCUACUGGUGUCAUUGAGUUGCCAGUGCCCCCUAGAAGAUUAUACGGCUCUCGCAUGCGGUUUGUCGUGAACCUGAUACCGCAGUUGACACCGGGAAGCAUCUCGAGUCGUCUCCUUCUCGGAGCCGGGGAAGGUCGUCUUAUUCUCGAGGAUCUCUCCUUGAAUGAAAAUUAUAUUGUGCGCAAAUGCGCAAAUUAUGCUAUCACUGUGACGUCUUUGGCGAUGAAUAAGCUCUCUCAAGCUCAGCCUCUUGUCUCGUUCAUACAGGUCAAAACCCAAUUGACACGCGAUAUGGGCACGCUUGCUCACGUGGCUAAGAUGCUCCUUAAUCUGGCAUUAGUGAAUGAAAGCAAGCAGAAUCGAAUUCGAAAUAUUUCCUUGGUUUCGCCUCUUUCCAGGGUAGCCCUAUCGAGUGUAUCAAAUUGCUCGUGGUUAAGGCAAGACUACUCUAUUAUCAUCGUCCAUCACUCUCAUUACUAUACGUGA